AUUUCAUCAUGCGGCACACAGUUGAACACGCUUUCAGCAGGGUUCUGGUCAGUCGGGUAGACAUCCUUAUUUUAAGGUGUUCGUGUAUGUGGGGAGAAGAAACACAAGCCUCGAACACACUCGGGUACACAAUUAAUUGCGCCUUUAUCACAGAGAUCUCCGGAGAGCCACUACACCACGCCGGGUGCAUCUAAAUCAGGAAAAAGAAAGUAAGAUGUGUGGUAUAUGGGCCUUGUUUGGCAGCGAUGAGUGUCUGUCAGUUCAGUGCACCUGUGCUAUGAAGAUUGGCCAUCGAGGUCCCGACGCUUUUCGUUUUGAAAAUGUUAAUGACUACACCAACUGUUGCUUCGGUUUCCACCGUUUGGCAAUUGUGGACCCACUCUAUGGCAUGCAGCCCCUGCGUAUAAAGAAAUUCCCUUUCCUCUGGCUCUGCUAUAAUGGCGAGAUCUACAACCACCUCCAGCUGAAAAGGCACUUUAAGUUUGACUAUCAGACUCAAGUGGAUGGGGAGAUCCUGCUUCACUUGUACAACCAAAAUGGUAUCCAAGAAAUGGCCUCUCUGCUGGAUGGUGUGUUUGCCUUCAUUCUGCUGGACACUGCCAACAGGAAAGUUUUCCUAGGGAGGGAUACGUAUGGCGUAAGGCCCUUGUUCAGGCUCCUGACUGAUAAUGGCUUCCUCGCCGUCUGCUCAGAGGCCAAAGGUUUGACACAGAUCACCCAUUCCAUGUCUGAACCUGCGAAGAUAACCCCUUUCCCACCCGGCCACUUUGAGGAGUUUGACUUGAAGCAGACUGGAAAGGUUAAGUCUGUACGGCUGGAAAGUUUCCAUAGUUGCACUGAUAAGCCCCGACACGCUGUCCAUGACAGUGCUGGGGAACUUGCCACAGAUUUUGCUCUGGAGGCAGUGAAGCACAACAUCAGGAUCCUUUUUGAAAAUGCUGUGAGGAAACGGCUGAUGGCCCACAGGAGGAUCGGGUGCCUUCUCUCCGGGGGACUUGACUCUAGCCUAGUCGCUGCCACUCUUGUCAAAUUAGCCAAGGAGGAGAAGUUGCAGUACCAGAUUCAGACAUUUGCUAUCGGUGCAGAUGACAGUCCAGACGUUGUGGCUGCUCGUAAGGUUGCAGACCAUAUAGGCAGCAAUCAUCACGAGGUGAAUUUCACCCCAGAAGAGGGCAUUUGUGCUUUGGAGGAGGUCAUCCUCCACCUGGAAAGUUACGACAUCACCACAGUGCGCGCAUCUGUUGGCAUGUAUCUUGUAUCUAAGUAUAUCCGUGAGAAGACUGACAGUGUGGUGAUCUUCUCUGGUGAAGGAUCUGAUGAACUCACACAGGGCUACAUCUAUUUCCAUAGGGCUCCAACCCCGAAAGCAGCUGCAGAGGACAGUGAGCGACUGCUGAAAGAGCUGUACAUGUUUGAUGUGCUGAGAGCAGACAGAACUACAGCCGCACACGGGCUGGAGCUGAGAGUGCCUUUCCUGGACCACAGGUUCACUGCCUACUACCUCUCUCUGCCUGAGGAGAUGAGGGUGCCCAAGGAUGGGGUGGAGAAGCAUCUUCUGAGGGAUGCAUUCAGAGGGCUGAAUCUGAUUCCGGAUGAAAUACUGUGGAGACGCAAAGAGGCUUUCAGUGAUGGGAUCACAUCCAUGAAGAAGUCCUGGUACACAAGCUUGCAGGAGCACAUCGACUCUCAGGUUAACGACUCUGAGUUGGAGGAAGCACCCAACUUAUUCCCUUACAAUCCCCCCACUACCAAAGAAGGCUUCUUCUUCCGGCAGAUCUUUGAGAAGCAUUACCCGGGCCGCAGUAAGUGGAUCUCCCAUUACUGGAUGCCCCGCUGGAUCAAAGCCACUGACCCUUCUGCCAGAACCCUCUCCAUCUACAAGCCAGACAAGGACCAGUAACCAGGCAGCUGCAUGCCUUGAAUGCUUACAGUAUAACCCCUAGAAAUUGGCUCUCCCUGGAAUUAGAAAAAAAACAUAGCCCAUCUUGCAUUGCCUUGACUCUUGGAGAAUUAGAUGAGAAGAAAAGAGACCACAAUGACCAGACUGGGAUAUCCAGGACUCGAAACAUAUUGAAAUGGAACAGUUGUUCAAAGUUUAGUCUUAUGGAAGAAACAAAUUAUUUUCCCCAAUUGCCCUUCUAUUGAACAGUAAACCCUGUUUAAUCUGUCUGUACCAUGUGCAUGUGCCUUUGACACGUCUUCCUUGGGCCACCAGGUGGGGGUGUGUGCACCAUCACCUUCAAAUGCAACUGAUGUUAUUAACUAGUCUGUCAUUUCCAAGGUUGGGUUUGGGUUUUUUUUGUUUUUGUUUUUGUUUUUGUUUUUCUUUAGCCAGAAGCCAGUGAAAGAUUCCAGAAGAUGAAAAAAGGCAUUUACAAAUGUAUAUCAAAUAAAGACUGGAAAAAUUAA